AAAACACUCUCAUAUAGGUCGUUGCCAAACUACUCAAAAAGCUUACGUUUCUGUAAUCUGCAACAUAUCUCUCUCUCUCUCUGUUCUGAAUCUUUCAUCAAUGGCUCGCGAAUCAUGCCCUACGGUGAAGAACAUUCUUCUUCUAGACUCUGAAGGCAAGCGUGUAGCAGUCAAGUAUUACUCAGAUGACUGGCCAACAAAUAGUGCAAAGUUAGCUUUUGAAAAAUCUGUUUUUACCAAGACUCUGAAGUCCAAUGCUCGGGUAGAAGCUGAGAUAGCUAUGUUUGAGAACAACAUUGUUAUCUACAAGUUCGUCCAGGACCUGCACUUCUUUGUGACUGGAGGUGAUGAUGAAAACGAACUCAUCUUAGCUACAGUUCUUCAGGGAUUCUUUGAUGCAGUUGCCCUUCUCUUGAGGAACACUGUUGAUAAAAGGGAGGCACUCGAAAACUUGGAUCUCAUUCUUUUAUGCCUUGAUGAGAUUGUUGACGGAGGGAUGAUACUUGAAACGGACUCAAGUGUCAUUGCAGGGAAAGUGGCGACCCACAGCAUGGACGCUGACGCACCGUUGUCUGAGCAAACUAUAACUCAGGCAUGGGCUACAGCACGUGAACAUUUGACAAGAACCCUUCUCAAAUGAGUUAUGUGUGCACGCAGAGAAUAUGAGAUGGCAUUCUUUUGGUUGAUUAAAAUCCUUUUUCAUGUGUGAGUAGCGUAGUUAUUCAUUUCUCUCUCCAUUUAGCACAUGGGAUGACGAAACAUAAUGCCAUUUGGCUUCUUCUUUAUGGUUUUUUUUUAUUCAAUCUCUCUCUCUCUCUCUCUCUCUCUCAAUAAUCAGUAACGUAUGGAAAAUGUUGUUAUUUGCCAGUGGGCUCUUGCACUUGCAUUUCUUGGCCUAAUGAUAAUGGUUUAGUUGUUGAA